AUGUUAAUAGAGGUUCAAUUGGAUCCUAAUGAAAUGAAUAAACAGAUUACUACAAAUGGAAUUACAUCAGAUACUAUAAAUAAUACUUCUACUAAAAAUUCGAAAUUAUCAUCUUUCACUUUAUUAUCUUCAUCAACAUCAUCAACAUCAACAUCAUCAAUGUCUUCAUCAACUUUACCUAAUUUAUUAUCUUUAAAACAUGAUGAAAAUAAAAUUUCUGAAGAAAAUUCAAAAUUCAAUGUUUCAAAUAAACCUACAGUACGAAAUAUUCUUGCAACUCCACAUAAAAUACCAAUAUAUUAUUUAAGUCGUGGAAAUAAUUCACAAUUAAUUGAUACAGUUAUGACUGAAUUAGGCUGGAAACGUACAUUUGAUCGACAUGCAGAUUAUACAUUACGUUGGACAGAGAAUAGUAUUCAAAUUAAUUAUGGGAUAUUUAAAGAAGGUGAACAACUUGUGAACCAUAUACCGAAUUGUGGAUUGCUUACAAAUAAACUUGGAUUAUUAAUAAGUCUUCGUGAUUAUGAAAGACGUUAUCAAAAUAGGUUUGGACGAUUACCUAUUAUGGUGAUGGACGAUUUCUUUCCAAAGACAUUUAUUGUUGAUGAUUUAAAGGAACGAGAAGCUUAUUUUAAGUUACAAGAAAAUGAUGAAGCACCACAUAUGUGGAUCUGUAAACCAAUUGGUCAAAAUCAAGGCAAAGGUAUAUUUUUAGUAAGAGAUAUUGAAGAGUUUAAGGUACAUUUAAAAAAUCGAGAUGAAGAAGCACGUCAUCAACCAUCCGGACUUUUACCAAGAAUAAUUCAAAGAUACAUCAUCAAUCCAUUAUUACUUGAUGGUUGUAAAUUUGAUAUUCGAUGUUAUGUUCUUAUAGCCUGUACAAUGCCUUAUUUAGUAUUUUAUCAUCCUGGAUAUAUUCGACGUUCGGCUAAGCCGUAUUCAAAUCAAGAUCAAAAUCUUAUAACACACUUGACUAAUCAGUUUGUUCAAAAAAAGGAUCCAGCCUAUGCAGAAGUAAAAAAUAACACAGUUUGGAGUUGGUCACAAGUUAAUGACUAUAUUAAUAAACAUUACCGAGAAGAAAAGAAAUUACCAGUUGAUUGGACUAAAACAGUUCUUCAGUGGAGGAUUCAGAGAAUUAUUCAUCAUGUAUUUACUACAGUUAAAAAUAGAUUAGCUGCAAAAAUUGGAUUUUUCGAAUUACUUGGGUUAGACUUUAUGUUGGAUGAAAAUAUGAAAGUAUGGCUACUUGAAGUUAAUUCAAAUCCAGCAUUACAAACUCAUUGCGAUGUUUUAAAAGAAGUUGUACCAGUUGUAGUGAAGGAUGCUUUACAUAUCAGUAUUGAAUGUUUUGAAAAAAGUCGUCAUCAGAAGUGUUUACUUCCACUACAUGGUCUUGACAAUUUAUCCGCUUUCGUAUUUUGUCAACGAAGUAAUAGAUAUAUGAGAACAAGUUUAGAUGAAAUGCCGAUUGUGAAUAAAAUCAGUGGUGAUUUAGGUGUACCGACCGGAUGGAAUUUAUUAUACAAUGAAUCACAAGCUGCAUUUCGUGCACGUUGGCCAAUACUGCAAUCAUGUAGUCUUCGUUGUUGGAUUCCACCUAGAUAUAAACCACCUAUUAUUCAUAAUAAUCCUAAUUUACAACGGCCUGUUAAUGAUAACAAUACUGAACAAAACAAGUCUAAUAGUGUAUCACUGCAAACAUGCGGGUCAACAACUGCAACCAACGAAAAUGUAAAUAUGUCAGGCCAUACAACAGAUGUAGUUAACUGUACUUCAAAAGAGCAAAACAUUUCAAAAAAUACUAUAUCUAAUCAACUUUUCCAUCCACGUUUAUCCUUACCGGAAUACCGUACCUUUGAAUCCAGUUUAAGACGAUAUCCUGUUACAUCUAAUACAAUGAAUAACAAAAUAUUGCCACGAAGAAAUACUUUGGCUAGACAAUCAUUACAGAAUUCAAAACAAACUAUUCAUUUACAAGAUAUCAUUGAUAAGAUUCCUCAACCAGAGUCAUUUAUUACUGUGAAACAACCUAAAUAUCAAAAUAAGACAAUCAAUGCAAAUACUAGUAAUAGUAAUAAUACUAGUACUAAUAAUAAUAACAAUAAUAAUAGUAAUAGUAGACGAAUAAUAACAGAUGAUGGAAAUCAAUCUACAAAACAACUGAUAUCUAAUCUAUACGAUUGUCCAAAGAGUAAACAUGAUUUAGAAGUACUUAGUGAAGAUGAAAUUUUAACUGGUAAACGUAAAACUAAACCUAAAUUAAAUUUAAUAUCCAUCAGUAGAGAACCUGUACAAAUUAGUAGAGUACAUUUAAUAACAAAUUCAGAUAUUGUUAAAGUAUUUAAUCAUACUACUACUAAUAAUUUUAGAAAAUCAAAUCAUAAUAACAAAAAUAUAAUUCCUCCAACUACACCGAAACAUUUAAAUAUUAAAUCAAAGAAUCAAUCCACAAGAAUUGGUGGAACAUCAGCUGAUCAUAUAUAUAAUAAUAUUGAUAAUAUUCAAAAUAAAAGUAAAUUAAUUGGUAGACCUUAUGCUAGUUCAAAUAAAUUACAUUUCAUAGAAUCUAAUGAUUUAAUUACAGUUACUUAUGAAACUAAAAAUUUUAUAAAUAAAUCACAAAAUAUCCAUUAUUCAUUAGAAGACAGGGGAAGUUAAAACUCAUUUAUAACCAAAAUUUAAAAAAGGAUUGUAUUUCAUGUUGUUAUUAUCAAGAUUAUUAUAAUGUAUUUUACAAUUUGCUAGCUGUUUGUUUGUUUGUUUGAUCAAUGUACUAUGAGAAACCUUUUUUUUCUUAUUCAUUUAGUAUCGUUUUAAUCAAAUCAGUUUGCUUGUUUAUUAAUUUGUUAUUUGUAAAUAUGUAUAACUCUAUGGAUUAGUAUACAUGUGUAUGAGGAUGAUGAUGGUGGUGGUUGUGGUGGCGGCGGUGGUGGGAGGCAAGCAUGAGUUUAGGCAUUUAUUACUUUAUUUUGUACGUUAAUUUGUCAUUUCAGCAACAACAACAACAACAAGAUUGUAUUUACCCAACUAUAUAUUUUCAGCUAAUAGUUUGCACUAUCUUAAAUAUGUACAAUUGUUGAAAACUACAUAGAUUACAGUGAACAGUUGAAUUUAGUUGUUUUUAUUCAUUUCUUGCUAAAUUUAAGCUAUAUGAAGAGUUUUCCUUUAUUUGAAUAAGUAUUGUCCAUUCAUAUUAUUUAAUCCAUACUGGUGAUAUUAGUGUUUAUAGUUGUGUGUGUGUGUAUGUUUACAUUUACGUUGCAUACUGGAGAGAUUAUAUUCAUCAUUUGUUUAUUCCAACUCUUGGACACGUGUAUAAUAAAUGUGUCAUGUGAAUUCUUCUAUCAUUAUUAUUACUAUCAUUGUUAUCGAUAAAUGUUUUUCCAUAAGGACAACUAGAAAUUUCAUUGUUUAUAAUCGCAUGUAGUUUUUUUUUGGGGGGGGGAAGGGGGUUCUUUCCUUUGUAUUUCUGAUUUUGUGAACUUUUGAUGAUUGUUUUCUGGAAUAUUUUUUGAUUUAUUAAGACUUCAUAAUUUCUUCUGUAUUUAAUUCAUUUCGUUUACUCUUUUAUUAAGUGAAUAAGAAAUUUAUUGGGAUUUUUGUCAAUAGUUUAAUCUUUAUUAGUUAGAAGAGUAAAGAAUAUUUUUUUGAUGUAAUAUGUAAGAUUUGAGCAUGGAAACUAAUCUAUUGUACUUAAUAAAACUUUUCAUUAAAACUAUCGAUUCCGUUAAUUCUUUGUAAAGAUUUACACUUUUCCAGUAGUCAAUAUUCAUGGGUACAUUUGAUCAACCCUUGAAAAAUACUGAUAAACGUAAUAGGUAUUGAACAAGUUACUAAUCGUUAUUAAUGCUAAGAACUGAAGUUUGA